AUGGCAACGGACGCCAUUCCUCAGACUGCCGUUCCCGGCACCGCACUCGGCCCAGCCUCUCGCUACCGCUCCGGCGCCGGUACUCACAUUCAUGAAGGCAUCAUCGUCUCCUCCCUGCUCGGCCGAGUAACGGUCGACACACCUGCCUCAGCCAACGGCCCGGCCAAGCGCCUAACGCGCAUUGCCGGCGUUCUCAACUCACCGGCGGACCGAGCAACGAUCUCGGUGUCGAGGCAUGGUGGCAAGAAGCGCGAGGCACUGCCAGAUGUCAGCAACAUCGUGCUAUGCCGCGUGCUGCGCCUGAUGCCUCGGCAGGCGAUAGUGUCGAUUCAGCAGGUUGGCGACACGGUGCUGCAGACGGAGUGGCAAGGAGUCAUUCGGUCGCAAGACGUACGAGCGACAGAGAAGGACAAAAUCAAGAUCCAUGAAGCGUUCAAGCCUGGCGACAUUGUGAAGGCGCAGGUGAUCUCCUUGGGUGACCAGGCAAAUUACUACUUAUCGACGGCGAGCAAUGAGCUGGGAGUCAUCAUGGCGACGAGUGAGGCUGGCAACGACAUGGUGCCUGUGAGCUGGAAGGAGUACAGGGACCCCGAAACGGGGGUUGGCGAGUUGCGCAAGGUCGCGAAGCCCAACUGA